AUGCCUGACUCGAUUGGCGAACCCAUUGCACACCCUCUUUUUAUUCCUCGUCAUUCUUUUGACCAUCAGCACCUUCCGCAGACAGAGUCGCAGUCCAGCAGCCGCAACCAAGGCCGACCAGAAUCGCGAGACAUCCCUCUGCAACAACUACCUUCGCACCGGCAAAGCACAGAAUCCCAGCUGCUAGCUUCAUCCUCCGAGUCCGACUCAGAUAGUGGUCAAUCCGAGAACGACGCUUUAGUUCCUGGGCAGAUGAAACGCGCUUCGCGACGCAACAAGACCAAGUCUCGCCCAGAUCUUAAGGUUGAAAUCAACAAUGGCAAUGGCAAUGGCCACUUGAACGGCAACGGCCACGCCAACGCCAACGGCGACGUGAAUUCCGGCAUGGAACUACGGCGCAAGCAUGUCUCCAAUGAAGACACGCACCGUGCUCAAUUAAUGAGCCACCAGCAGUUCUCCCUCGACAAUGAGCCUCCUCCGCAGACCCCUCAGACCCCUGGCAUGGUCACCACCUCCUUCUCCGCCUUGCCGCCGUCCGACAAGCGAAAUUUCCUCCUAUUAUGUCUGUUAUACUUCCUACAAGGGAUUCCCAUGGGUCUGGCCUCUGGCUCGGUGCCCUUCCUGCUAAAGAAUUACCUCUCAUACGGUCAGAUUGGUGUCUUCUCAUUGGCAAUAUACCCGUACAGCUUGAAACUGUUGUGGUCACCAAUUGUCGAUGCGGUGUGGUCACGGCGGCUGGGUAGGCGGAAGUCUUGGAUUCUCCCAAUUCAGACUGUGUCAGGUUUCUCAAUGAUCUACCUCGGUGGUCAGAUCGAUGCAAUGAUGGAGAAGGCAGGAGCCAAUGGCGGCUCUGGCGUUUGGGGAUUCACUGGAUGGUGGUUCCUCCUCGUCUUCCUCUGCGCGACACAGGAUAUUGCCGUUGAUGGCUGGGCCAUCAGCCUCUUGUCCAUGGCCAACAUUUCCUAUGCGUCUACGGCGCAAACCGUUGGACUCACGGCUGGCUCUUUUCUGUCGCAUACGGUUUUCUUAGCUCUUCAGGCUCCGGACUUUGCGAAUCACUGGUUUCGAGCCGUGCCCAAAGACGUCGGCCUUCUGACAUUGGGCGGCUACAUGGAGUUCUGGGGCUGGGGCUACCUGAUCGUCACGAUCGGGCUCGCCGUCCUGAAGCGUGAAGAGAAGACUCGAGACCGCGAGGGCAUCAUGGAAGUCUACAAAUCUAUGUGGCAGGUCAUGAAACUACCCAACAUCCUGACCAUUGUGGCGAUCCACUUGGUCUCCAAAUUGGGCUUCGUCACCAACGAAGCUGUUACCAAUCUGAAACUCUUAGACAAGGGUUUUGGGCAGGCCAAUUUGGCUCUGGUCGUGCUCAUCGAUUUUCCAUUUGAGCUCGCACUCGGUUACUACGCCGGCAAAUGGUCGACCGAGUAUUCACCACUACGACUGUGGUGUUGGGCCUACACGGCACGACUGGUGGCUGCAGUCGUAGCUCAACUCACAGUGGUAAUGUAUCCAAGUGCACAUGAUGAGGCGGUGCCAUUCUGGUACCUGCUGACUGUCAUUGUGUCGCAUGUCUAUUCGACCUUUACCUCUACCAUCAUGUUUGUUGCCUCGUCAGCUUUUCAUGCCAGAAUAGCCGAUCCCGAUAUUGGUGGCACGUACAUGACCCUGUUAGCAACUGUGUCGAACCUGGGCGGUACAUUUCCAAAGUUCUUCCUCCUCAAGUCGGUGGACUUGUUCACCAGUGCAACCUGUCUACCACUGACUGCUGGGUCAGCGUUGGAUGCUUUUGUCAAGGCUAACCCAGACAUUACACCGAUCAGCGAAUCGUUCUCCUGCGCUCUUGAAGCGGAGAAGAACAGAUGCAUCAAGGGCGGAGGCGUGUGCCAUAUGGAACGUGACGGCUACUAUAUCACGAACAUUGCCUUCGUGUUGAUUGGUGCUGCUCUUUUCUGGACAUAUAUUGAGCGGAAGGCUUUGGCUCUCCAAGAGCUACCUCUGAGGGCGUGGCGCGUUGGCGGCCGUGGCGGGCGAUACGAACGCGUGCCGUCAUAG